AUGUAUUUUAAUGAGGAUCAGAUUUGGGCUCCAACUGUGUACAUUGAAGAAUCUCAAGCCAAAGGUCCCACUCUGUUUAAUUUACCUACGACGCAUUUGGUCCUCCCCGAUGGCACGGUCACAUUUGGCUCAUCCGGUGUGCUUGAAACUUCUUGCAGUCUAGAUAUGACUUACUUCCCCUACGAUUAUCAAUCGUGCAAGUUCGGAUUCGGAAUUUUAGAUUCCUCCAGGCGGGACGUCAACUUGGUCUCAGACGAACGUGGACCGCAGAAAUCAGCUAAUUAUGUUCAAGACGGAGAAUGGGCCGUUCAUGACUUUGGCACGGCUGUGAACCUUACGGGGAUGAAAAACUACGAGAUUCAGACUUUGUACGUUAUUCUGAAACUCCAAAGGCGGUCAACGUACUAUGUGCUGAACGUCAUCGUCCCAGCUGUGACCGUAUCUCUGUUGAGUCUGCUGACAUUUGUUGUUCCAGUGGAGAGCGGAGAACGCCUAGCCUAUGCGCUGACAAACCUGCUGUCACUGUCAGUGUACAUAACUUACAUCGGAAGCAUCAUGCCUUCCUCUUCGGUUGACCUUCCAAUAAUCCUCCGUUACUUGGUUUCCCUGUUUAUUAUUAGCUCCAUGUGUGUUGUUAUGACUGUAAUAGUCAUAGCAGUUCGAUGGAGUCGUGUAGUCAUCGUAAGCGAAAAGCUCAAGUGCAUUUUUAUUUUUGGAUUUCCUUUCACUUUGCAGCGCAAGGACAGGCUUUUCGGCGUGGUCAAUCGGUCAGUGAGAGCCGUCAGGUGUCUGGAGACCAACCCAUCAGUUGAGACAAACACUGAGAGCACCAGUAUGUGUUCAUCUGAGCUUCAGAGUCUGUGCGAGUCACCGCAGGAGAAGGUUGUCUUUGACGAAUCCUUCAAAGGAAAGGAAGAAGCCCUCAAAGGAAAGGAAGCAAACAAAAAACACAAACCAAUGAGUCUCAACAGCCUCGCCAACAACAACGUCCGACAACCGCUGUCCGGUGAGAAUCCAAGAAUUAAUCACGUAGAAGAGGCCCAUAAAGUAUUAAGAGAACCCUUUGCUGAGUUUGAGCUGAUCAACGCGGAAAUGGACCCAGAUAUUGUCUACAUCUGCUCACGUCUGGACCUUGUUAGUUUCGCUGUCCUGGUCAUUUCUUUUCUGGUAAUGACAGUGCAUUCAUUUGUCAUGAUGAAUCAGCAGACAGCCCAUUAG